CCCGACAAAGAGGAGAAAAAGAAGAAGGAAAAAGAGCAGGAGAAGAAGGAAGAGCCUCGCAAAGCUCAGCAGAAUCAAAAAAGCGAAGCUGAACUGCUAGAAGAAUUACGAGUGAAGCUAAGAGCCGGUAGUGUCGUUUGUGUUUACGAUGAUGCACAGCAUCGAGGAAAAUGGUAUCCAGCUGUUGUUGUCGCAUUGAAAGUUUACAGAGAUUUAACUACAAAGGGGAAAAAUCUGGGAAAAAACGAAAUUCCCGUACGCAGUUUCCAAAAUGGAAAGUAUUUCGCCGCAUCACUCGCGAACCUAGUUCUAUUGGACGACCAGCCUAUAAGUAAAAAAGCCCUCGAUGCGAUGAGUAAUCCGCAGCGCACGGCUGUCGACAGAGCGAACGCGUUCAAUAGUAAAGGCACGCUCCCAAAUAAUUGGAUUGCAAAGGAGAUUUACGCCGAUACAAGUAUUCCGAGGAAAAAGGAACCUGUCAAAGCUGAUACAAGCAUCAAAACGGCCAAGAAGGACGAUAAGGCCGAAACUUCGAAAAAGGAGGACGAUGCCAAGAAGAAGAAAGCGAUUUAUAGAGUGGAAAGUAGCUCGGAGACCUCAGAGAGCAGUGGUGAAGAGGAAUAUGGGGAAGAGAGAGACCUGUUUGUGGCUCAGCUGUACAAAUUCCAAGAGGAAAGAGGAACACCCAUUAACCGUGCGCCGAUUCUUGGUGGAAAAGAUAUAGAUCUUUAUCGCUUUUAUCGCGUUGUUCAAGACUAUGGUGGUUGUAAACGAGUUACAACCAAUCAGCUAUGGAAAAAGGUGCUCAUCAAACUUCAUCUGUCUGGUUGUCCUGGAGCUACUCCUGUUACUGUGAGGAAGGCUUACAUAAGAUACUUAGCCCACUUCAAUUCCUUCUACAAAAGGCUGGGCUGGUCUUUGGAUGAGUUGUCCAUCACAUCGACGAUCAAUAGUCCUAGAGAACGUCGGCUUAUUCGAAACGCCGAACUAAUGAAUCAGCAGAAACCAGUAAAACGGCGAAAGUCAAGUGCAGCCGAAGCUAAGGAGAAGACGACAAAAAGAGGAAAAGCCGAUGGAAGAGAGUCAAAGGAGACUUCUCGUGAUCCUGAUGGGAGCAGUCAACGAGAAAGAUCAACCUGCUCUCCAUCUACUUCCACAAGCUCGGAGAAGCCAAAGAAGCUGGAAAAAGAAGAAGACGAGAAGAAAGCUGAGCGUAAGCAAAAGGAUGAGGAUGUGAAGGAAAAGAAAGAAAAGAAGGAGAAAGCUAAGGAAAGGGAGAAGGAAGAGAAGGCAAAAGACAAGGAGACAAAGUCCAAGAUCAAAAAAGAAGAAGAAGUGAAGGAAAUGGAGGAAAAGCGUGGCGAGAAACUUAUCGAGAAGAUCAAAGAAGAAGAGAAAACCGAAGUCGAGCACAAACACAAAUCAUCACCAUCGAAAGCUGAACAGGAAGCGGAUGCAAGAGCAGAAAGAUCAGAACGACGUGACAGUGAACGAGAAAAAAAUGCUGCAGCUGUCGACAAAGAUGGGGUUCAUACCGAAAAGAGAGAUCAUGAUAUUAGCGAUGAAGAUGGA